AUGAGCCCCGACGAGAAGCCGCAGUCCGGUCGCUCCCGCGGUGACCGGCCGCCGCCACCUCAGCCCGCGACCGGGCGAUCCCGGCGGCGGGGCGGGCUCCUGGCGGAGAUCCGUACGCCCAUCCGCACGGAGCCCUUCCAGGAGCGGUACAGCCUCAGCCCCGGCCGGGAGCUCGGCAGGGGAAAAUUUGCAGUGGUGAAGAAGUGUAUCCAGAAGGACACUGAAAGAGAGUUUGCAGCAAAAUUCAUGAGAAAAAGAAGAAAGGGCCAAGACUGUCGGAUGGAAAUAAUCCACGAAAUUGCAGUCCUUGAGCUGGCACAGUGCAACCUUUGGGUCAUUAACUUGCAUGAAGUUUAUGAAACUGCAACAGAGAUGAUUUUAGUCCUGGAAUAUGCUGCUGGAGGUGAAAUCUUUGACCGGUGUGUAGCUGAAAGAGAGGAGGCCUUCAAAGAAAAAGAUGUUAAACGACUUAUGAAGCAGAUACUAGAAGGAGUUUCAUUCUUGCACAGAAACAAUGUUGUUCAUCUUGACUUAAAGCCCCAAAAUAUUCUGCUAACCAGUAAGUCUCCUCUGGGAGACAUUAAGAUAGUAGAUUUUGGUCUUUCCAGAAUAAUGAAGAGCAGUGAGGAACUAAGAGAAAUCAUGGGAACUCCAGAAUAUGUAGCUCCUGAAAUUCUGAGUUAUGACCCAAUCAGUACAGCAACUGAUAUGUGGAGCAUUGGAGUACUGGCAUAUGUUAUGCUAACAGGGAUAUCACCUUUCUUGGGGGACGAUAAACAAGAAACAUUCUUAAAUAUAUCUCAAAUGAAUGUAAGUUACUCUGGAGAGGACUUUGACCUUGUAUCAGAGUCUGCUGUGGAUUUCAUCAAAACUCUGCUGGUCAAGAAACCUGAGGACCGGGCAACUGCUGAAGAAUGUCUUCAACAUCCAUGGUUGGAACAAAGUGAUAAUCCUUCUUGCAGGGCCUGGAAUAAGAGUACAGAAGGGGAGACCAGUGAUGCCAUCCAGAAAGAUGCAGAUUCUGCCUCUGAACAAUCAGUAGACGCUGAGAAGACUGGAGAGGAAGAAUCAAUAGUGACAGAAGAACUAAUUGUAGUGGCUUCAUACACACUGGGACAAUGUAGGCAGUCAGAAAAAGAAAAAGUAACUGAGCAGAAAGCUAUUUCCAAACGAUUUAAAUUUGAGGAACCAUUACUGCAGGAAAUACCAGGAGAAUUCAUUUACUGA